GCGGGGAUGGCGCGGACCUGCCGCGAUUCCCACUUUUAUUAUUACGGCAUCAAAUUCGCGCUCUCCGCCUACGCCACGCUCUUCUCGAUCCUGGGGCUGCUGAUCCUGGGCGUGGGGAUCUACGCCGAGGCGGAGCGGCAGCGGCACAGAACGCUGGAAGGAAUUUUCCUGGCUCCGGCCGUGCUGCUGCUCCUGCUGGGAAUCACCGUGUUCCUCGUGUCCUUCGUGGGAAUGCUCGGGAGCCUCCGUGACAACCGCACCCUGCUCCGCACGUUCUUCUGGGUGCUCCUGCUGAUCUUCCUGACGGAGCUGCUGCUGAUCCUCAUGGAGAUCAUCUUCGAGAGCAAGAUGAACGAGGUUUUCCACUCCAACAUCCAGGAGGGAAUCCGGCACUACUACGAUGACCUGGACUUCAAAAAUAUCUUGGAUUUUGUGCAGGAAAAGUUUUCCUGCUGUGGAGGGGACGAAUUCCGGGAUUGGGAAGUGAACCAGUACCAUGCCUGCAACGGCAGCGGGGCCCUGGCCUGCGGGGUGCCCCAUUCCUGCUGCGUCCGCGGGGUUCCUGGAGGAGUGGUGAACACCCUGUGUGGGUACCGUGCCCUGGACAAGGAGCGCCUGGAGCUGCUUGGCACCAUCCACGUCCGGGGCUGCAUCCACGCCGUGGGGCUCUGGCUCAAGGACAACUUCCAGACCACCCUGGCCAUUGUCUGCUCCCUGCUGCUGCCUCAGGUGCUGGGCCUGGCCAUGGCCUGGCUGCACUGGCAGCAGCUCAACGAGAUCCAUUCCCGCCUGGAUUGCGUGGAUUCCCGGCUGCCGGAACCGCGGGAUCUCAGCUUCGCCUCCCUGGAUCUCCGCGGCGCUGGGUGGUGCCUGUGCCUGCCCAGGGAGGGCGGAUACGUCCCGGUAAAUCCCGGGAAUGAGGAGGAGGAGGAGGAGGAGGAA